AAAUAGUUUUUACCUUCAAAUAAUUUUAUAUGUCCGUAAUAUUCUCUUUUUAGCGACAAAUAAGAUUUCUGUCACUAAGGAUCUGUCGGUAAUGCCCACUUUUUUUGUAGUGGGUGCCAAGGGAGGUCUUAUGGAGGUGCCUUGAGACGAGAGGAGUUCCCAUCGUGUACACUCGCGCGAUCAAGGAUAUGUACAAUGGGGCUAUGACCAGGGUAAGGACUUCCAAGGGUGACUCUGAGCCAUUCUCGGUAGGGAUGUGGUUGCACGAGGGGUCUGCCCUUAGCCCUUUUUUGUUCGCCUUGGUGAUGGACGUCCUAACUCAAGGUGUUCAAGAAGGGGUCCCAUGGUGCAUGCUUUUCGCGGAUGAUAUUGUGCUUAUCGACGACACACACAUGUUUCAAUAUCUUGGCUCGGUAAUCCAGGCUGAUGGGGAGUUAGACGGGGAUGUUGGACAUCAUGUUGGAGUGGCUUGGGCCAAAUGGCGGUUAACUUCAGGGGUGUUGUGUGAUCCGAACAUUUCGCCCAGGAUGAAAGGUAAGUUCUACCGAUCCGUAGUCAGACAUGCUAUGUUAUAUGGGGCAGAGUGUUGGGCGGUUAAGAAGACUCAUGUGGGUCAUUUGCAUGCGGCGGAGAUGCGGAUGUUACGAUGGAUGUGUCGGAAGACAAGGUUGGAUAGGAUUUCGAACGAACUUAUCCGACGUCAGGUAGGCAUGGCGCCGGUGGAAGAUAAGUUGCGGGAAGCGAGGUUGAGAUGGUUUGGUCAUGUGAGACGGCGGGAUGCUGACGUCCCUGUUGAGCCGGGGGUCUCUUGGAAACAGCCUCCCUACUUCCGAGUAGGGGCAAGAACUGAAGCCGAACAGCGCAGGAAACAGAGAGGAAAACUAGAGAGAGCCGAGAGAAGGAAGAAGAGAGAAAAAGAGCGGUGCAGCCUGGUUUUGUGCUCCGAUCGACGACCAAACGAGCUCCGAUCGGGAUGAAAUUUUAGUAUGUUGUUCCUCACAUCCUCUUCUUCAUAUCCAACGGUGGGAUUAUUGUUUUGACCUCUCGAUGACGGUAAAACUGCCUCUGUUUACUGCUGCAUUUUUAUUGGGGAUUUCUCACUUUUCAGUGAAGAUUAUUAUUGUUUGGUGGUCUAAGUUAUUACUUGAUGAUUGUGUAUACCUCUAAUUGAUUUAGAGAGAAUUCUUGGUGUACCCACUGAUUUAAUUGGUG